AUGCAACACAUGCUUGCCGUUGGAGACAAUCCUUCCAUCUUGAUUUCCUUUCUGCAUACAUGUAUUCCCUCCUUCCAAGAAGAGCCUAUCAGAGAGGUCAGGGAAGCUCCUAUAGCUCUUCCUCAUUUAAGCUGUGGCGGUGAACCUCUUUUUAUCUGGCUAACACCUUUGGUCAUUAGCUAUCGGAGAGUGAAAAAACAGCACAAUUGGGAUCGUUACUUAAAACCUGUGAUUGCUUUUCAAAUCAUGGGUUAUGACAGUGAACGAGUUCAAAGCAUAGUUGAUCCAUCUGGGGUUCAGGAUAUCCUGAUCACACGAGUUAAAGACUGCCCCAUGCACGCUGAACAAUUAAAAUUUAUCAAGCACUACUUAAUAUUCCAGAGAAAACAUCAAUUAUCUUCAGAUGAUCCAAAUCGAACUCCUCCGUGUGGAAAAGAAUUAGAACAACAGGGCUUUAUGAUUCCCCUCCCCAUCUUGGCAGCAUUUGGGCGACAGGAUUUGGCGAAAUGGAACUCUGAUUAA